GUUUAGUUGGUGCAGUGCGUUUGCGUGGUUUGUAUAUUCCGUGCUAGCACAUACACACGGGGCUUUAAAAUAUCAAAGACGUAGGCUUGUGCGACGAUCCGUUCGCCAUUUGCGCUAGAUUUACAGGUGUUUGCUUGACAUAAGCAUUAAAUGGGCAAAAUGCACGGCUCUGUCGAGAGGUGUCUUUUCGACAGUCCGUUUUUUUCAACUUUGUUGUCGUGUUAUUAGCGAGCUAACGCCAAACCAAGACAGGUGGACAGGUAUGUGUGGCCAGGUUACAAAUAGAUGUUUAGCUAGCAUUUAACGGCCAUCGGGAAUAUCUUGAAAGGGUGAUCCAGCCAGCCAUAACGUUACCUGGGUGUUUUACAGCGUGAAAUAAACGAAGCAAGGAUUUUUGCACACCAACGUGCGCUGACCAAAAGCACUCGACAACUACAGCUGCUCCAGUGGGAAACAUACAUUUAAUUCGUAUUUUUUUGGAAAGUUAACAGCACUUUCAUCGCAGGAUUCCCUUACUACGUGCUGCGUGGUUCGCAGCCGCCAGCGCAUGCACGCAUCUUUCCUGGACGCGUGUGUAGAAACCGCACAAACAACUGAAUAUCCAACAUGCGAGUAAAUUAACGUUAGUGAUAGAUCAAACAUCUCAACCGGUGGGACGCGUUUAUCGUAGGAGGACUGUCCUCUCUACUCGUCAACGAAAUCACACCAGUCAUUCACUGUCAACGAGCCGCAAUAAUGACAGGACUUUGACUCUCGCGACAGAAUUGAGACGAAACUUAGGACAGAUGUUUGUCAGGAAAAUGACGCCGAGUCAGUCCAGUUUAUAUGGAGAGAUUGAUGAUCUGCAAGACCUUACUUUUAUCGAGAGACCUAUACGUAGGAGUCUGAAGAGUCCAGAAGAGAUUGAUAAGCUUACGGUGGAUGAAGAUCUGAAUGACAUAGAGCGAGCAGUCUAUCUUCUCAGCUCUGGUGAGGAUAUUCAGCGAGCCAGUGUGAUUAUAAACCUGCCAAUUCUGGUGCGUCAAAAUCCAGCAGAGACCUUUCGCAGGGUGGUGCCAAAAGUCAGGGAGGUUCUCCACGUAGCUGGUGCAGAUAUGCAGCUUGCUGCAGCCGGAUCUUUCAUGACCAUCCUCCAAGAUGAUAUUGUCCUCAUCCAAACACACACCCACUCAAUCUUGCAUAUAGUUCUUCAAAAUCUCGACCACAGGGAUACAGUGGUCAGCAAUGCUUGGCUGGAGACACUGCUCUCAGCAAUUGAUGCUUUACCAAAAGAAACAAUCAGGCAAGAGAUUCUUAGCCCUCUGUUAUCCAAACAUCAGCUGUCUCAGUCUAUCCCAGCACGUUUGGCCAGCUGUCGCAUCCUGGGAAAGGUUGUUGGCAAAUUUGAAUCAUCAACAGUAAAGAAGGAUCUUCUUCCCAUGGUCAGGUCAUUGUGCCAGGACGUAGAGUAUGAGGUGCGCGCCUGCAUGUGCCGCCAGCUGGAGAACAUCACCAGGGGAAUUGGGGUGGACCACACUAAGGUUGAAGUACUGCCUGAACUGGUUGAGUUGGCUCAAGAUGAAGCCAGUACAGUGCGACUGGCAGCCUUCGACACCAUCAUCAAUCUCUUAGAGAUGUUUGACAGUGAUGACAGAAGCUGUGUGAUUUUUCCCUUGGUAAAGGCAUUUUGUGAAAAGUGUUUUAAAGGUGAUGAGGCAGUGCUGGCUUCUCUGUCAUUUCAGUAUGGAAAGCUUUGUCACGGCCUCUCAGAGUCUUUUACUGAUGAGCAGCACCUCUGGUUUCUGGAGUUUUAUAAGAAGCUAUGUUGCCUGGGUCUGCAGCAUGAAAACGGGCAUUGCGAGAGCCAGCCCUACCCACUUGAGCUGGAGAACAAAUACGCCCUGGUGCGCAGGAACUGCGCCUACAACUUUCCUGCCAUAGUGUUUUUUGCCGAUCCGAACCACUUCUUGUCUGAAUUGUACCGCACCUUCUCAAGCCUCUGUCACGACCCGGAGAUUUCAGUACGGAGGACGGCAGCCGGGGGUUUCCACGAGGUGGUCAAAUUACUGGGCCCAAAUGUGCAUUAUGUACACAAAGAGCUAAUCACUUUGCUGCAGGAUGAUUCAUUAGAGGUACUGGAUGCUUUGUUGAACAAUCUUCAGGAGACUUUAGAGCUAGCCACAUCCAGAGGAGACGGACCAGGACCCGAGAGCAAGCAGGUCAACGUUCCAGAUCUGGUUUCUGCUCUGGUGACAGCAGAACAGAAAGCAGCGUCUUCACUACACUGGAGAGUUCACGAGAAGCUCCUGCAGUGCUACUCCUGUUUGCCUCGCGUCAUCUCUGGAGACCAGAUCUAUUUCCGCUUCCUUCAGAGGAUGUUCAGCAUCAUCACCAACAAUAACGUUCUACCAGUCCAGCGGGAAGCCGUAAGAACAUUAUGUGUGUUUUUACGAUAUAAUCGCAAACAGGAGCAGAGGCAAGAGAUAAUUAACAAAAUAAAACAAGAGCUUGCUCAAGGUAGAAGCUACUGGAACAGGCUGCGCUAUCUGGACCUGUGUGACAUCACAAUAGACCUCUUCUCCAAAUCAUAUUUUUGCAAGCAUUUCCUUACUAUGGCACUCGAGUUGGUCAGCGACCCCGUGGCCAACGUCAGGUAUAAGCUUUGUUAUAUGCUACCCAAACUGAGAUCCACCAUCAGACCAUCAGACAAACAUCUGCUUCAACAGCUGGAGUUUUGUGUGCGGAAAUUGUUGUGCCGUGAAAAGGACAAAGAUGUAGUGGGUACUCUGCGCAAAACAGUUUUGGAGCUGGACAAACUGGACAUUACAGAGCCGUAUCAUAAGAGGCAUGAAAGAGAGCUCUUGGAUCAGAAGAAAGAGAAGGAAGAGGCUCUUUUACUUGAAAUGGAACUGUUGGAACGACAGCAGAGCGAAGCCAAACUAGCUGGAGAGAAACAAGCUGAUAAGAAACAGAGAGAAAGCAAGUCAAGCAUGUCUGGUAGUAAAGGAAUGUCAGGAUCCACAUCAGGAGCAACAUCAGCCAGUUCUACUGGGAAGGAGAUGCGAAGAGCCAAACUAGCUCGAAGUCGUUCACUCAGUGGCCAUCCCACAACACCCAAGAUGACAAGCUCAGACAAAACCUUAAAAGUAAAGGAUUCAGGAAGUUGCCCUGGAUCAGGAAAGAGCGCUAUGCUACCAAUAAAUGAUGAUAACUUGCGACCCCACCACUUUAAUGUAACUUCUUCAAUCUCCUCCACGCCAUCAACUUCGUCCAUGCCUGUACUGAUCCGCAGCAACACAAGCAGCUCUGUGGAUCACCGGAGUAAUGGGAAUAAAGACACACAAUCCAGAAAGCUCUCUGUACAACGGAAGUCAAAUUCCUUUGGAAUGCAAUCUGGGAGAGAGUGAUAAAAACUUUGCCUUCUGACUUAUGAAGCCUCUUUCUGAAAGACUUAGCGUUCUGCAGCAACAGUAUCGGCCAUUUCGAUGUGUCCAUUCCUCUCUCCUCUAUACCAGAAACGGCUUAAGAUGUAUUGGGACAUCAAAAAUGGCCUGCAUCGAUCCAUCUCUGCCUUAUUUCAACUAAAAACUAACAUCACUUGUCAUUAAAUGAAACUACGAAAGAGUUGAGGAGUAAUUGAAUGUAUUUAAUUUACUGCCUCAUUAUUUUAUUUCUUGUAUUAUAGCAUGCUUUGCAAAUUCUCUGUUUUAUAUUUUUGAAGUGGUUAAGAGAAAAAGAAGCACUAUGUAUUUUUAUGAUUGACCCGACUCCUUGAGGAGUUUCGAAACUCUCCAUUCUAUCCCACCAAUGAGAUUGUGCCUGGUGUUGUCUAGCACCUGACUGAUUAACGCCAACAUCCUAGUACCCAAUGAAUAAACGUUAUGUUGAAUAUGAUGUUUUUA